UUCCCUGGGCAAAACAAAACUGCUUUUUCUUCAUCGCUUUACUGCUCGACUCAACCCACCCUCCGCCGACGAUGCCAAACCUCGACCUAUGGUACAACUUCGGCUUCGUCGUGUGUGAGAACCUACACGCCGAGAGGUCCCUGGCGGGCCUCUACAUGCACAUGCUGCUCGGCAACAGGCCCACCCUGGACUACUUCGCCAGCCUAGGAAUUACGCCGAUGGACUUCCCGCCCGCCAAUCCCCCGACCUGUCCGUUCGAGCAGUUCUGGAAGGCGUGGGAGGCAGGGACGCUCAUGGACCUCUUCGACACGUACGGCAACCGCGGGCUCCUAACCGCCUGUGGCGAGUCGAUCGAUUUGUUGUUCCCUGAUCUGAGGGAGUUCCUCUCGUACCCCGGGGGGCCUGAAUCCGAUAUGAGGUUUCCGCGCCCGUCGGUCUGGCGACUGAGACAGUUCCUGGCCAUCGAGGGGGCAAAUGUGCUGACUGUGGCGCCCACUAUCUCCCGUGCGGCCAUCGAGUAUGGCUUCAAACCGGGACUGGAUGCCAGGACACGACUGGAAUUGCAUGCCUUCUACACGAGUAUCUUUCGGCGGGGCGUCCGAACCGGGGAAGUCGAUGGCGCGCUAAAAAGGGGGAAGCUCGACGAGGUGGCUGAUCGGUGGUAUGGAGAACCGGUCCCGGAACGUGUGCGGGUGGUGCUGAGGGCGGUAUCGGGGGCUGGACGGACCGUCUCUGCCAAUCUCGGGGAUGGGCAGAGUCGCGAUCAUGACAUCCAAUAUAUGUGGAGGUUACGCUAUGGGUACGGCCGGGGGGAGGAACAUGGUGAGGAGAGUCCUUUAACCGGCUGAGAUCACGGCAGCGGAGAAGAUCAAAGUACAUGGAGAGAACUGAGCGAGUCUUCGGGGAACGAGAAGAGGGGCUGGUGUACAAUGCAGUAGGGACCGACUUUGGAUUCAUUUCCCAAAACGCUAUCGACCCCAAAAACAAAAUGGCGAAAAUAUAUGAAACGACACGGACGGUCCCGUUUCG